GCCUAAAUUUUGUUAAGAAAUUUUCUGCAUUUUUUCAAUUAAUUAUUUUUUUAUCAACUUAGUUUGGAAUAAUGUCGAUUGAAAAUAAAAUCGAACUACUAUGGAACAGUGCAAAUACGUUACAGGUUGAUUUUCAAACACACAAAAUGCUAAAAUCUUAUUACAUAAAUACUUGCCGGAAGCUAGCAAGGAACAAUUUACAAAUCCCUAAGGAAAAGUUCGCCACAUCACAUAUGUGUCCAUAUUGCGGAUGUUUUUGGAACGACAGUACAUAUGGACUUAAGUUGAUAUCUAAACAAUUUAAUAAUAAUUCCAAGACAAAGAAAUUAAUAGAAAAGUUGGAGCAAGUCAAAGGUUCUACUGGCAAAGUUUUGAAUAAAAAGCAAAAAAAUCGUGCGAAAUGGUUAAUGAAAAAAAAUUCACACAACCUGGCGAUUAGUUGUUAUCAAUGUAAACGAAAAUCUUUAUUAAAAUUAGAAAAUCCAAAGCUAAAGACUCGCCAGCAGUUGGUACAAGAAAAAAGUCAAACUGAAAAAGAAACUCCUGCCUUUGAAUCUGGAAAAAAAUUAUUAAGCCAUCAUCAGCAGAAAAAUAAGAAUGGCAGUAAUUUAGAAAACAACAUAUCUACUCCCUUGCCUUCGAAAUCAAAAAAGGAAAUAUCGAAAACCAAAAAUAAAAAAGUUGCCAAUAAUAAUGCUCCUAAUAAAGUCGUUUCUAAAACACAAAAACAGAAUUCUCUUCUACAACUGGCUGCUUUACUUCAAAAACAAACAAAAGAUGAUAAGAAGAAUUCCGCACAAAAGAGACUAGAGUCAUUUUUAAAGUAAUAAUAAUAAUAAUUAGGAAAAGAUUAAAAUUUUGUAAAUAAAAUUAAUUGUAAAAACAAA